CAUGACAGGGAAGCUCUAGUGGUCACCUGAUAUGUACUACACUACCCAGCAUGCUUUGUGCCCUCAUCUCAUUCCCUGAUAUCACACGGCGUAACACCGUAGAACAUAAAAGAAGAUGGACAAGAAUAAAAAUUUGAAAACAGAAAGUAUACUAAAUAUCACCCUGGAGAUAAUCUACCUGCUGACUGGGGAGGAUUACACAGUAGUGAGGAAGACAUCCAGUGAGUGUGAGACAUCCAGCAUACAUCCCAAUGUGUCGGGAGGACUGAGCAGGAGCCAGAGCCCCAUCCUGGUGCCUCCACCUCUCUCACUGACACAUGAGAGACACAAUGACCAGAGGAUCCUGGAACUCACCAACAAGAUCAUUCAGCUGCUGACUGGAGAGGAGGGGGAGUAUAUAGAGGAACACAGGGGUCUGUACAAGGACAUGAUGAUGGAGAAUCACCGGCCCCUCACAUCACUGGAUGGGUCCAGUAACAGAGAUACCCCAGAGAGAUGUCCCCGUCCUCUGUAUUCCCAGGACUGUACAGAGGAGAAUCACAGGAUCCCACAGGAGGAUCAGAGUGAAGAACUAACUGAUAUAAAAACAGAAGAUAUAAAGAAAGAAGCCAAGAUGCUUGUGACUUCUAAUAAGGCAGAAGAUACAGAGGGAGAAGAAGAGACAUCUAUAAGGAGUGUUCAGUGUAAGGUGGAGGAAAUUCCUACAGAUAUCGGCAAAGAUGGAUGCAAUACAAGGAAUACCUCUGAGGGACAUCUUGUUUGGUCUCCAGAUUGUAAAUUAGAAGAUAAGAACAUCACACGAGGAUCUCCAGAAGAAAACUGCAUUAAACUAAAUAUACAUCCAGCACUUCACAGUGCAGAUAUAUCAUCUGAUCCAUCUAUUAUUGAGGAAUGUUCUCCUGGUAACUCACAUACUACUGCACCUAGUACAGGUCAUUGCGGUGAUACAAUAAUUUCCUCUUCUAAAAUUGGGAAAUGUUUUACACAUAAACAAGCUCUUGUUAAACAUAAGAGCAGUCACGUAAGUAAGAAGCCUUUUCCAUGUUCUGAGUGUGGGAAAUGUUUUACACAGAAAUCAGAUCUUCGCAGACACCUGAUGCGUCACAUGGGUGAGAAACCAUUUCCAUGUUCUGAGUGUGAGAAAUCUUUUAUAGAUAGAUCACGUCUUGUUAUACAUGAGAGAAGUCACACAGGUGAGAAACCAUUUCCAUGCUCUGAAUGUGGGAAAUGUUUUCCAUGUAAAAGAUAUCUUACUAUACAUGAAAGAAGUCACACAGGUGAGAAACAAUUUCCAUGCUCUGAAUGUGGGAAAUGUUUUCCAUUUAAAAAAGAGCUUACUGUACAUGAAAGAAGUCACACAGGUGAGAGGCCAUUUCCAUGCUCUGAGUGUAGAAAAUGUUUUACUCAGAAAUCACAUCUUGUUGUACAUCAGAGAAUUCACACAGGUGAGAAACCUUUUCUAUGUUCUGAGUGUGGGAAAUAUUUUACAAACAAAUCAGAUCUUAUUAAGCAUAACCUAAGUCACACAGGUGAGAAGCCAUUUCCAUGUUCUGAGUGUGGAAAGUGUUUUAUAAAAAAAUCAAAACUUGUUGCACAUGAGAGAAGUCACACAGGUGAGAAGCCGUUUAGAUGCUCUGAGUGUGGGAAACGUUUUACAUCGAAAGGACAUCUUGUUGUACAUCAGAGAAUUCACACAGGUGAGAAACCAUUUCCAUGUUCUGAGUGUGGGAAAUCUUUUGUAGAGAAAUCAAAUCUUGUAAAACAUCAGAGAUGUCACACAGGUGAGAAACCAUUUCCAUGCUCUGAGUGUGGGAAAUCUUUUGUGCAGAAAUCAGAGCUUGUUAUACAUGAGAGAAGCCACACAGGUGAGAAACCAUUUAGUUGCUCUGUGUGUGGGAAAUGUUUUAAAGCUCAGUCUUCUCUUUUUGCACACAAAAAAGUUCACACAGAUGAGAAGCCAUUUCCAUGCUCAGAGUGUGGGAAAUGUUUGAAAACGAAAUAUUCUCUUUUUACACACAUGAAAAUACACACAGGUGAGAAGUAUCACUGACCUGAAUUGAGAGUGUUGUGAACUCGGGGGUUCUUCCGAUGGUCGGAAAGAGGAACCACAGCUGGGCCGGAGUAGAGAUAGCCGCAGAAAUUGCAGAAAUUUAACAGUUAUAAUUGAUGUCAAAUGCAAAGAACUUUAUGAUGAGAAGGGUCGGGCACGAUGCUGAGGCACAUAGAAGAAUGGGAACUUGUGAGCGAUGUUUAAAGACACUGAUGAACUCGUGAGCGAUGUUUGAAGAUACUGAAGAAAUGAUGCACUCGUGAGCGAUGUUUAAAGACACUAGAAAUGAAGAACUUGUGAGCGAUGUUUAAAGACACUGAUGAAUUUGUGAGCGAUGUUUAAAGACACUGAAGAAAUGAAGAACUUGUGAGCGAUGGUGAAAGACACUGAUGAACUUGUGAGCGAUGUUUAAAGACACUGAAGAAAUGAAGACCUUGGGAGCGAUGUUUAAAGACACUGAAGAAUUGAAGAACUUGUGAGCGAUGUUUUAAGACUCUGAUGAACUUGUGAGCGAUGUUUAAAGACACUGAAGAAAUGAAGAACUUGUGAGCGAUGUUUAAAGUCACUGAUGAACUUGUGAGCGAUGUUUAAAGACGCUGAAGAAAUGAAGAACUUGGGAGCGAUGUUUAAAGUCACUGAAGAAAUGAAGACCUUGGGAGCGAUGUUUAAAGACACUGAAGAAAUGAAGAACUCGUGAGCGUUGUUUAAAGACACUGGAGAAAUGAAGAACUUGUGAGCGAUGUUUAAAGACACUGAAGAAAUGAAGAACUUGUGAGCGAUGUUUAAAGACACUGAAGAAAUGAAGAACUUGGGAGCGUUGUUUAAAGACACUGGAGAAAUGAAGACCUUGUGAGCGAUGUUUAAAGACACUGAAGAAAUGAAGAACUUGUGAGCGAUGUUUAAAGACACUGAAGAAAUGAAGACCUUGUGAGCGAUGUUUAAAGACACUGAAGAAAUGAAGACCUUGGGAGCGAUGUUUAAAGACACUGAAGAAAUGAAUUUGCAGGCAGACACCUAGAAUGCAGGGAGCGCUAGAGUAUAGCCGCUGGUAAGCACACUGCUGUCAGGAGCACUGGUGUUCGCCACAGUGGAGAGACGAUACUCAGGCGCCGGACACAGAAGAGCGUCCGCUUUUAAAGUUCCCGCUUUGCCCUGAUUGGCGGAGAGGGGAGCAAGUGAAGUCACCCGCUCACAACACCUAUGUGGGCGCCAGGUACAAUGGCGGCGCCCACGCUCCGGAGGAUCGCCGGGAGCAGCGCCGGCCAGACGCCGGGGCCCGGAACCCACCGGAGGCCGGAGCCGCCAGGAGAGCCAGCGAACACGCAGGGGUAAGCGCGGCGGCGGCCGCGAUCCCCGAUGUGUGACAAGAAGUAGCCAUUCAUGUUCUCUGAUUGUGGGAAAUGGUUUACACAGAAAUCAGCUUGUGUUACACAUGAGAGAAGUCACACAGGUGAGAGGCCAUUUCCAUGAUCUGUGUGUGUGUGUGUGGAAAUGUUUUACUUAGACAUCAGAGUCGUCACACACAGGAGAGAAGUCAUUUCUGUUUUCUGAGUAGGUAUAAAUAUAGGGGGUGGGAUAUAAUGGAGUCCAAGAUUGCCGGAUGUGCAGUAUGCCUGGCUUAUCUCUGAUGCUUUUUAAAGGGGUAAUCAUUUACAAGGCAUGGUUUUGCAUUGAAAAUUAUUGCUGCUUUAUAAAAAGUCAGAAAUCGGUCAGUAUUCCGCACGUCAGGCAAUCUCAGACUCCAUUACAUCCUGCCAUGGAAGUCCGGCAUGAAAUGGUCACAGUUGAGUGUCCUCGAGCCUGUAGACAUUAGACAGGGUUACAUUAAUAUUUUAUAUAAGAAAUCUGUGGUAACGAUAAAUCUGUAAUAAACUCAUUUGCAUAUUAGUAUAAGGGGAGGCAGCCAUCUUGGGUAUGCGCAGUUGCUAUUACAGGUAAUCAGUCAUAUCGAUCCAUGCCCCUUUGGAGCUUACAAUUAAAUUCCAUAUCACACACCGGGUUCCAAUUUUUCUCAGGUUCCUCUUAAUCUACCAGUCUGGUGUUGAACUUAGUGGUAUGAAACCAUAGUAUCCAUUGGCAACCCAUGCAAACAUGGCAAGAACGUACAAACUCCACACUAAUAGGGCCUUGGUGGGAAUCCUACCUGAGCAAUUCUAAUCACUAUGCCGCCAUACAUAGUAAGAGUAGUCUAUAUAAGUGAUGGGAAAGUAUAACCAAAUGUGCAGAGUGUAUUUAAAAACAAAACAAACAAUAUGUUUUUAUUGAGUUUUUGAUGAGCAAUAACAUUUACCGCACAAUAAACAACAAGCUGAACAAUUUGUGUGGC